UUUGUUUUCGCGGCAGUCAGGCCAGCCGAGCCCGUCUCCAGUUCGGGGCAGCGGGGCGGAGGGCCCGGCCGGCGGGGCAGCCAUGGAGGCGGCGGCGGCGCGGAGGCGGCAGCACCCGGGAGCGGCGGGUGGCUCAGGCGCGCAGUCGGGCGCCUCCUUCCUGCAGGCCAGGCACAGCUCCGUCAAGGCUGAUGAGGCUGCCAGUACGGCUCCCUUCCACCUUGAUCUCUGGUUCUACUUCACCCUGCAGAACUGGGUUCUAGACUUUGGCCGCCCCAUUGCCAUGCUGGUGUUUCCUCUCGAGUGGUUUCCGCUUAACAAGCCCAGCGUGGGGGACUACUUCCACAUGGCCUACAACAUCAUCACGCCCUUUCUCCUGCUCAAGCUCAUCGAGCGGUCCCCACGCACCCUGCCGCGCUCCAUGAUCUAUGUCAGCAUCAUCACCUUCAUCAUGGGCGCCAGCAUCCACCUGGUGGGUGACUCUGUAAACCACCGCCUGAUCUUCAGCGGCUACCAGAACCACCUGUCAGUCCGCGACAACCCCAUCAUCAAGAAUCUCAAGCCAGAGACGCUGAUCGACUCCUUUGAGCUGCUCUACUACUACGACGAGUACCUGGGCCACUCCAUGUGGUACAUCCCCUUCUUCCUCAUCCUCUUCAUGUACUUCAGCGGCUGCUUCACUCCCACCAAAGCUGAGAGCUCAAUGCCAGGGGCAGCCCUGCUCCUGGUGGUGCCCAGUGGCCUGUACUACUGGUACCUGGUCACCGAGGGCCAGAUCUUCAUCCUCUUCAUCUUCACCUUCUUCGCCAUGCUGGCCCUUGUCCUGCACCAGAAGCGCAAGCGCCUCUUCCUGGACAGCAACGGCCUCUUCCUCUUCUCCUCCUUUGCCCUCACCCUCCUGCUCGUGGCGCUCUGGGUCGCCUGGCUAUGGAAUGACCCCGUACUCAGGAAAAAGUACCCAGGCGUCAUCUACGUCCCUGAGCCCUGGGCCUUCUACACCCUCCACGUCAGCAGCCGACACUGAGUCUGGGGCACUGGCCACUGGUGCUCUGCUGGAUGGGAGAUGGGCCAUCGAGGGCAUCUGAGCAUGGGGAGUGUGUGUGUGUGUGUGUGUGUGUGUGUGUGUGUCCACCCACUUGUGUGCAACCCAUGGCUUAGAGCAUGGGUGAGAGUAUCGUGCAUGUGGUUGUGUGUAUGUUUGCGUGCACACGCACACAUGUGCAGAGUGCAUCACUGUGAGACUGAAUUGUUUUGGUCAAGUUUCCAUUGGGUUUGCCUCUUCAGGAUGGGAUGUAGUUUGAGGCAGUGUGUCCAGGCCAAGAGCUGGGACCUGCCUUCCUGUGCAUCUGAUGGAAUCGUGCCCUCUCACUUCCACUGCUCGGGGCUAUCUCUUCUUCCUGGGCUGUCUUCUGGUAGCCGUGCCGGAGUGGCCUGGGUGGGGCAGAGGUUGGGAGGGGACUUGGUCUUUCACCUACUACCUGGUUCACUCCUCAGGCCCGCCCUGACCCUGGAGGCCAGAUUACACGGGUUACAUGAACUGGCCAUGUAUUAAUGAGCAAAGCACAUCCCUUCCCUGGGCCCACGGUCCCAAAGUGGGUUUGGGGGCUGGUUGCAGUCUCCUCUUGGGGCGCCUUUAGGAGGGGUGAGCGGUUCUACCCUGUCCCUGCCCUCUCUGACCCUGGGAGGGAUAUGUGCACCCCAGAUCCUCACCCAACCUCAGGCUGCACAGGGUGUCAAGCCACCCGACCGUGGGCAGCCAGAGGCCAGCCCUUCCCGCCACCCACCAGCCUGAUCUCAGGGUCUGGCAGUAGUCUGAUCUUCUGCCAGAAGCUCUCUCUCCCUCCCGCUCCAGGAUCGUGGCACCCCUUCGUGUGAGGCUGAUUGCAGGUUUCUGAGUGGCCGCCGAAGGCAGAGUUCUCACGCACUUGCAGUGUUCCCUGAGCCGCUCACUAGGGGUGGGGAUGUCGCGAGGCUCCUCAGUCAGCCUUGUCUCAACCU